AUGGAGUCCCCACCAAUGUCUCCUGGGGACGACGGUUUUGACCCUGUUUCAAGACUCGAUUCCAUGAUCAGGUUGCUGAACUCACUUUCCGAGCAACGCUUCGAAUCACAAGCCACGGUCGAUUCCUCCCGGACCCGCGAUGGACGUGUGGCCUACGACGAAGGACAAGCGAGUCCUCGUUUGCACAGCACUGACUACUACCACCAACGCGUUCUCUGCAGUGACAAGGAAUCAAGCCAGUGUCUUCACAUACCUGGUGAUCAUUUCUGCAAAGUCCGGCCGGCUCUCUUUCGAUACUGCAGAACUGGCGACACUGCUAGAUUUGAUCGUGCUUUGAGGAUUUACUCGGAAACCCGGGGCCGCAGCAUCUCCUUUGCCGAUGAUGAUCUCUUAAACAGCGAGUUUGAAGGAAGAACGAUGAUGGGUCUAGCCGCAGAAGGUGGCCACCUCAUCAUCGUUGAAACCCUUUUAGCGCUCGGUGCCUGUCCAGACAUUGAAGAUGCCGAAGGUGACUUACCUAUACACCUUGCAUUGAGGCACUCUGAAUGGGCAGUAUUCGAAGCACUGCUCAGUCCUGAAACCAGCGGUGCACUCGACCACACGGCCUUGAUCAAUGCAUCAACCAUGGGACGUGCUGACUGUGUUCGCACGCUACUCACGAGCAAACGCAGACGUGUGUUUUCAGUCAACCAACAAGAUUCCAAUGGAACAUCUGCGCUCUUGGCUGCAAGCAUUCACGGCCGACACCAAGUGGCGAGAGUUCUCAUCGACGCAGGUGCCCAUGUGGAUGACUGGUCUCCUGCAGGCACUGCGCUUACAGUUGCUGCAGCGAGACGUGAUUUGGAAAUGGUGUCGCUGCUUCUGGAAGCUGGAGCCGAUAUACAUCUAGCUCUUCUCUGCAUGAAUCCCGAUAUAAACUCCGGUGCACAAAGACACUGCAGCCAGAAGAGAGCAGCCGAGGUGAUUAAACAGUGCUGGAGAGAUUGUAUUUCGGCAAGAAGAUUUCGAAAGCAACGGCUGCGCCGAGUCUUCAUCAGCCAAUAUCGGUGCAUGAUGGAUCAUCAGAACACAAAGCAACUCAUUCUUGACGGCUCGCUCUCAGAGUCAAUCAGUGACCGAAGUUAUGCCUGGUCCUUUGGAGUCAACACGUUAAAGGAGCUGCUGGCUGGUUCCUUGCCCACGUCCGCGACCCAUAUCCUAUCAGCACUUCUUGUCGCUCUGUCGAUUGCUUCAUUCAUGGAUGAUGACACAUUUUGUCUCGAUGACAACACUUCCCACUGGCAGAGUGUUGUCAAUGAGGUACCAGAAUGGACGCGACUCAUGUCAGACGAGGCAACAAGGACGGCUUGUGAGGAUCUCGCUGCAGAUCUUUGGGGCUCCAAACCUAGAUACUCAGUGGAUGGUAUCAAUGGCUCGAUCCCAGAAAUUAACUUUUGGCCGAACCGCAGCAACCUCGAUGUAUACAUAGAUCGACUCACAGCUGAGUUAGAAUUGGUCGAAUCCUCGAAAGCAGGCGAGACCGGGUCAUUAUCGAGUACCCGCGAAACUAUGCACACAUUCAUUCUUUCUCAAGAGGAUCUGGCGCCCUCCUCCAGUCCAUCAAGUAUAUUGACCGAUACGGUCAACGAAGAAAGCUUCUCAUCAUUCGAUGACUUCCUCUUGGACAUAAACAUGGAUCCCUAUUACGACACUCGUGGAGAGACCUUCAGUAACGCGAGCUGGGUCAACACACCGUCACACGAAGAUCUGACCGCCGUCCAUCCCCCCAAGCUUGCUUCCGGAGUAAUUUGCGUCCUAUUCAUCCUCUUUCUCGCAUUGUUCUUCAUGAAUCCCGUCGGAUUUAACGAGCUCAGCUGGUCUGCGCAAUAUAAAGCUUUGUGCAAACCGACAAUGGACGCUGCUAUUCAUCACAUGCAGUUGGAAGUGGCUGCGUCUCCGAUACAGCCUAUCAGUACUAUUAUACCGGAGGGUCAUGACAUCGCUUCCGCUGACAUUGUCCUCGACAGGAGGCACAUCUGGAACCUCGAGAUACUAUAUGACAACAUCAGCGUACUUGGUCAUUUGCGCCCCAUUGACAAGCAUGUUCGCUCAUUCUGUCAAAAGUGGAAAGAUGGAUACCUACUCCGACUAAAGCAACAUGUGUGGAAAUUCAUCAAUGAAUCUCCUGAGCACGACUCAAUCGAAACCUGGACCAGGUCGAGCUCUGAAGACACCUCUCACCAUUCUACUGGCUUUGGCCAUGAAACCUCAACUUCUCUGUCCACCCCUGAGCUUACGCUGUGUCACGCCAUUGGACCUAUGGAGCCAUUGACUCCGAAUGGGGCAGACAUGGAAACGCGGUCACAGACUGGGUAA